AUUUUAGCAACUAAUAUUCUAAUAUCACCCAUAUGGUGACUGUUCAGUUUUAUCAAUAUAAUAAUUUGGAAAUAGAAAAGAAUGAAGGAAUAGUCAUAAAACUUUUUGAAGACAUAUUUGAGAGCAAAAAACCGGAAGGAUUUAUAUAUAAGAUGAGCUGCGUAGAGUUCAAAGACAAUCAAGUAUUUGAUUUGCUUUCUGUUUCGGUUCAUCAGCCAUCAAAAGUAAAGGAUGUGUCCAUACGGGAUAUCGAAUCAUAUGCUGAGGCUGAACAAAUGUUUAGAGAGGCUAACUUGAAACGAACUGCUAUUAACGAUAAUGGAUUGCUAGUACACAUAGGCAGUUUUGUAGUAACAAUACAUAUCCGAAAUUUAUUGGAAGACAAAGCUACUCACGCGAAGAUAACAAUAAUUGAAAUGGCUGGUAUAGGUCCGAGUUGUUUUACAUUAAUGUCUAAUCGUCAAAAUAUUAAUGCCAACAGAACUAUGUUGGCGUUUAGCCAAUUUUUGAAUCAUAUUAGAUCUGUCAACAAUAAAAGAGAGUAUAACUCGGAUAAUUCCUAUAAAAGUGCAUCAUUGCCGUUGUUAAAAUAUUUUUAUGGUUCAUUUUUGAAACAAUAUACCACACUAAGAUUAAUAUGUCAUGUUCGACCGGAAAUCAAUUGUCUGAUAUCAAACAUUACGACAUUGAGAUUAGGUGAAACAAUUCGCAAAGUACCAAGUACUGAAACAAACAUUCACUCAUCACAUCUUAAUGAUCAAAUAGACUUAAUAGAGAAAAUGACAAAUUUACAAAGUGAAUUGCUCAUCACCGAGUUUUUGAAAGGCAGCACUUCUAUGAAUUUUAUGACUGAUAAUGAAAUUGAAAAAUUAAAAAACAUAGCUCGAGAAUUUUUAAAUUCUAGCGAUACAAUCAAUGAACGGCAAAGAAGUUAUGCAGAAACUUCAAUACUACUUUCUACUUUUAAAGAAGAGCUAAACAAUCAUUUUGAAUUAAAUAGACAUUCCAAAAUAGAUACAGUGCAGUUUGCUAGUGAGCCAUUUAAUUUAAAAGGGCAGCCAGUAAUGGAAGAAAUUUCGGUCAGACAAAUGAUCGCUGAAAUGGAGAUUUCUAUAAAGGAUGUUCUUGCACCUUACAGCGAUUUGUCGUUAAGCAAAGAAAAAAUAUGGAACACGUUUAUAGUUGAAAAUGAAAAUCUACUAAAUGAACAUGAAAAAAUGGUAGACGAAAUCAACGCAGUUUUUCAGAAAUGGACAUCUGUUUUAGAAAAUAUUUUAACAACACAAGACCGAUUCUUUGCUUGUCGUAUUGAUUUAUACAAAAUUCGAGAACAACGUCAUAAAAUAAAAAUCGAAGUAUAUGACGAUAAUAUGAAUGUAAUUGUUCCGGACAAAGAAAAACAAUUGUACCGUAAAGUUAGUCAACUUGAAACGAAAUUGUUGGAAGCUUACAGAAAUGUAACGUUAAGCAAGAAAACUCUAAAUGAAAUACUUGUUAAGAGCUUAAAGUUCAAAAACGACAUAAAAAAAAAAUUUGAAGAAUAUGUUAACAUCCAAAAGCGAAAAGAAAGAAGGGAGAAAAUGAAAGCGUCGAUGAGCGUGAGAAUCGCAAAGAGUGUGAGAAGUUUUGGACCAUCAAUGUCUAGAUACUUAGGUAUGUCCAAAAGUAAUCUACUGAAAAAGCAAUCAAUAUCAGAUGAAGAUGGUUUAUCAGUUGAAUUUGAUGCUGUAUCUACAAUUUAAAUGUUAAUGAAAGUCUCAAAAGUUUCAAGCACAUGAUAUAUACAUAUAAAAAAAAUCUAAAUUGAAUUUUUAAAAAACUGU